ACCAAAUAGAGCAUAUAACACAAGUUCACAUCACAUUGGUCUUUCCUGUGUAUCAGAGGAAAGCCAUGGGGAUCUCAAUUAGGAAUAGCUUAGUGUAUGUCCUGCUGUUGUUUGCAUUCUGUGAAAUGAAAAUCAUUGCAGGAAAAGACACUCUAACCUGCCCUUUUCGGAGAAGUCCAUGCUUUGGGAAGAAAGUACAAUGCCCUUCUCAGUGCCCUCUUCAAUCACCAUCCGACCCAAAAGCCAAAGUCUGCAAUCUUGACUGUGAUUCUCCCACAUGUGAAACUAAAUGCAAAACUCGCAAACCAAAUUGCAAUGGCCGUGGCUCUGCAUGCCUGGACCCCCGUUUCGUCGGAGCAGACGGAAUUGUCUUCUACUUUCACGGAAGAAGAAACGAGAAUUUCGCAUUAGUAUCAGACGCAAACCUCCAAAUCAACGCGCGUUUCAUCGGCCUAAGGCCAGCAACAAGAACAAGAGACUAUACUUGGAUUCAAGCACUGGGAAUCCUCUAUGGUUCUCACCAGUUCACCAUUGAGGCCACCCCAUCACCAACAUGGGAUGAUGAAAUUGACCACUUGAAGUUCUCACACAAUGGAAAUGAACUUGUUAUCCCUGAUAGUUUCCUCUCUACAUGGCAGUGCCCAGAAAACAAACUUAGAAUAGAGAGAACAUCAAGCAAGAACAGUGUUAGCAUAACUCUCCAAGAAGUUGCUGAUAUAUCUAUCAAUGUUGUGCCUGUGACUAAGGAAGAUAGUAGAAUCCAUAAUUACCAAAUUCCUGAUGAUGAUAGCUUUGCUCACUUGGAGGUGCAGUUCAAAUUCCAUGGUUUGUCUAACAAAGUUGAAGGGGUUCUUGGAAAGACUUAUCAGCCAGAUUUUCAGAACCCUGCAAAGUUGGGAGUGGCAAUGCCUGUGGUUGGAGGGGAAGACAGGUACAGAACCACAUCACUUGUUUCUGCUGAUUGUGGGGUGUGUUUGUUUGAUGCAAGAGAAGGUUCAGAGAAGAAGAUGAACUCUGAGAGUGAAUAUGGUGUGCUGGAUUGCACUGGUGCUGCCAACAGUGGAAAUGGUAUUGUUUGCAGAAGAUGAUUUCUUUUUUUAUGUCACUAAUGUGCUCCUAUUAAGAUUGAUUCGGAGUUUCUAAUUCUGAUUUAGUUUGAUGAUUGUUUUCUGUUUAAUUGUGUCCUAAACCAAAGUGUCCUGUUGAAUAAAAAGUGAAAUAUUUUAAUUUGUUCGAUUCAUAAACGAACAAAUGGGUGAGAUUAUAUACCAGGUUCUCUACUUUUACAUCUUUA